GACUCCUCCGCGAAGCAGAGCGCGCCGUGGGUGGGAUUACGGGUGCCGAGCCCUGCCCCCUCCUGGAGACGCUGCGCGUGUGAGCGGCAGGGCUGCGUUUGAAUUUCCGCACCUCGGGAGUUGCGGAGACGACAUCGCUGAAGCUGCCUGGGUGAAGAGCCACUUUUUUUUUUUUUUUUUUUUUUACCCCCCCUCGUGUUGGGAGAGUAGCCGUCUCUGGGACUUGUUUCAGAUCCCAUCUUCUCUGCAAAUCACCAGGUUGCAUCUUCCCUGAUCGGAAUACAUCUCUGAAAAGGACAUGGAUGAAAAUGAAAGCAGCCAGUCCCUGAUGACGAGCAGCCAAUAUCCAAAAGAAGCAGUAAGAAAACGCCAAAAUUCAACCCGGAGCUCUGUAGGAAGUGAUUCUUCUAGGUUUUCCAGGAAAAGUUUCAAACUGGAUUACAGACUAGAGGAAGAUGUAACUAAAUCAAAGAAAGGAAAGGAUGGCAGAUUUGUUAACCCAUGGCCGACGUGGAAAAAUCUCUCCAUUCCAAACGUUCUCAGAUGGCUGAUAAUGGAAAAAGAUCACAGCAGUGUUCCAGGCUCCAAGGAGGAACUUGACAAAGAGCUCCCGGUGCUGAAGCCGUAUUUUAUCGACGAGCCGGAGGAGGCUGGAGUGCGGGAGGCCGGCCUGCGGGUCACGUGGCUGGGACACGCCACGGUGAUGGUGGAAAUGGACGAGCUCAUCUUCCUCACCGACCCCAUCUUCAGCUCUCGCGCGUCACCGUCACAGCACGUGGGUCCCAAGCGGUUCCGCCGCGCACCCUGCACCGUGAGCGAACUGCCCCCGAUAGACGCGGUCCUCAUCAGCCACAACCACUAUGACCACCUGGACUACAACUCCGUCCUCGCCCUGAACGAGCGCUUCGGCUCGGAGCUGCGGUGGUUCGUGCCUCUGGGCCUCCUCGACUGGAUGCAGAAGUGCGGCUGCGAGAACGUGAUCGAGCUGGACUGGUGGGAGGAGAACUGUGUCCCCGGCCACGAUCAGGUCACCUUUGUCUUCACCCCUUCACAGCACUGGUGUAAAAGGACUCUCAUGGAUGACAACAAGGUUCUGUGGGGCAGCUGGUCUGUCUUGGGGCCCUGGAGCCGGUUUUUUUUCGCAGGAGACACUGGUUAUUGCCCGGCUUUCGAAGAGAUAGGAAAACGGUUUGGCCCCUUCGACCUCGCGGCUAUUCCCAUCGGCGCGUAUGAACCCAGGUGGUUUAUGAAAUACCAGCACGUAGACCCAGAAGAAGCUGUGAGGAUUCACAUUGACGUUCAGACAAGGAAAUCUGUGGCAAUUCACUGGGGAACUUUUGCCUUAGCAAAUGAGCAUUACUUGGAGCCCCCAGUGAAGCUGAGCGAGGCUCUAGGAAGAUACGGACUUAAGCCGGAAGAUUUUUUUGUCUUGAAGCAUGGAGAAUCCAGAUACCUCAAUACUGAUGAGGACAACUCGGAAUAAAUGUGAGCGCAGGAGCCGUCAGUGAUGAAGGUAUCUGCAAAGCUCAGACAGACUCACAAACGCAUGAACAUGAGGAAUUCCAAUACUUAGGAAACAACCUCAACGAGUUAGUGUUCUGUUUUGCGCGGUAACUUGCUUGCUUGCUGUGCUUGCCAAUCUCUACAGAGAAGCAGGAGUUCCGAGGUGGGUUAUUUACACAGUGAAUUGGCUAAGGGGAAUUAAAACCCUCUCGAUAGUGUAAGCAUUGCAAUGGAAUUUUGUUCUUUUUAAUAUUAUAGUGUAAUGGUAGAAGUCGGAGGUUAUGAAAAUGGAUUUUAAGGUCUCAUUUCUGUUCUUCUGGUAAAGGGCCUCCUACAAGGUGAGUCUAUCUAACGAGACGGUUUCAGAGGCCGCACAUCUAAACCUGUUUUCUAUUCACGUUAAAGGACGUGAGGACACUGCCACCCACGCGCUUACAGCAGCCCUCCCUGCUCCGUCAGAUUAGCUUAUAUGCCAGAUGCGCAGUGAUUUAUUUUUUUAAGCAUAGAAACAUAAGAGGUUGGGCGAAGUUCCCAUUUUUAAAGACUUACUUUUUUAGAAGAGGAAGAGUAUUUUCUGUUUUACAUCUACAAUCCCCAAAUCAGAAGCAGAGCUGGCGAGGGGCAGGGAAGGGGGGUGGUUAGGAGGACAUGAUUGGUGACAUUUUCUAUUUUUAAUCUAAAAGUCAGACCUGCUAAGCACAAAGAUAGCUUCCAGGAAAUAAUAUUUUACAAAGACAAAUGCAGUUCUUCAAAUGUUAAUUCUCUAUUCCAUCUUCUGUCCAUCUACUCAUUUUCCCACCUCCUUUCUUUAUUCCAACUAUGAAUGUAUCAAUAAAGUCUAUAUAGUUUGUUUUACAGGAUUCACAUGGCUUAUAUUUUUAUACUGAAUGACCUCUAAGCCCGAUUCUACUUUGACUAAGCUAGUGUGGAACACUAGCAGUUAAGAGAGAAAUGGUUUUGGGGAAUUAGCUGACCAGAGUUUAAUCCUGGAGGGGCUCUGUGGCCCUUGACUGCUCUACCUACCACCAGAGCCGAUGAGACACAUUAGAGGCCCUCCUGUGCUCCUGGCUUCCCAGUCUCCAUGAAGCAAACGUUAUUUACACAAAAUAAUCAAAAUAGGUUUUCUACAGCAAAUGCUACCCAGGCGGUAAUCUAUUUAUUUUCACAUACAUAUAUAUAUAUGCACGCCACCUGUUAGCCACUUAAUCUCAGUUUUAAUCCCGUUUCCACCAUGGAUUUUGUGUGUAUCCUGCAGUAAGUCACCUGUGCUCACCAUGCCUCAGUUUCCUCAUGUGGAACAAGAGGACAUUUUGACCUACCUCCAAAAAAUGUGAAUAAGUAGUGUUUUUUUUUUUAA